UUUUUGAAGCGUUAACAACAUUUUACAUUUAGCAUACAAAAUUAAUUUGAAAUUGUACAAUACGUAAUAGACCAGUACCCAUAGCCUAAGAAGGCACUAUGUUAUGGUAGAUUGCUGGUAAAGGUUGGUUAGUUUACGAAGUUCUUAUUUGGCAGAAACAUGGGCUCCAAUCGAAAGCGUAAAAGCGACAUAAAUGGCACAUACAAACUUAUUCGUCUUUAUCGCGCCAAUGAUUGUCUUUGGAAUCCAAAAUCAUCGGGAUUUAAGAAUUUGGCGUUGAAGGAGAGAGCCUGGUUAAGAAUAUCACAAUUUUUUAAGAACAAGCUAACCGUGGAUCAGAUCAAAUUGCAGAUUUUAUCGCUUCGUUAUUAUUAUGCUACAGAACUAUUAGCCAUUAAACGUAGCAAACUAGGAGGAUACCACUAUGUCCCUCGACAAUCUUUCUUUGCAGAUUUGGAGUUUUUGAAAGAAGCAAUGGAGCACAGUGUUAGUGUUAAAGCCAUGGAGUCAAAGACUCAGGUCAGCAGCGACCAAAUCAACUGCCUCGUUGGGGAUGCAUUUCUGCUGAGCAGCAGCGAGAACAGUAUCCGCAGCGAAAAGGUUGAUUUUCAGAUCACUUCCGCAUCGAAUGAAGAUGGCAUUACAAGCUCUGUGCUGCAAUCGCUUGUCUCCCAAGACAAAAAGCAAUCCUUACAACUGCCUUUGCCUCCACAUGAUAUACGAACUAAUCAGCUUCCAAACCGAGUAGCUUCUGGUAACGAUGGAUGGAUCUCCACAUCAAAUUCUUAUCACGACCAUGAAGAUGACGAUUAUGUUGGGAGACAGUGGAAGUCACCCUAUCAGAAAGACCAAUGCCGCAACAGCAACUAUAGUGUCAGCAGUGGAAUUGAUAGACGUAGCUAUGAUCAAAGUCCGGCUGCAUAUAGGCCAGAAAUGGGUGCCACUCCAAGUACGUUAGAUGACGAUAACAAUUUAUAUGUCGAUUCGAAUGGGGCCAAAGCUUGCGGUCCUCCCAGAAAAAAGAUUUUGACUGGAAGAUACAGAAACAAGACAAGGCACUCACAUGGCACUGACACAUAUUACGAUACGGAUGACUGGCAGAGAAAUAAUUAUUUUAGAAACCAAAAACUGCAUCAUAGAAUGAGUGAUGGCAGGGAGAAGGACUAUCGCUGUGGUAGAAGCUCACGAGAUGUUGGUCGCAAUUCAAACGACGUUAAGAAUCAAAACUACAAAUAUUCAAGGAAUAACAGUUUUAACGCCCCCGCCACAUUUCCAUUUAUUCAGCAAUUGAGCGCACAGCCAACUUAUCAAGGUGAAGGAGUUUGCACCUGUUGCCCAAAUGCCUCCACUACGAGACCGGCACCGGAGCCAAUAUUAUCAGACCUAGAGCCAGAAUCUGAAAUGUAUGUGCCAACCUCACCCCCUCGAAAGUCGUGCGAUGAUCAUAGCUGUCCCGUUAGGAGUAGCAGGGUGUAUGAGGAAAACGACCGCGAUCUUAUUUGCACUGAUGGAACGUGUUACAACAUGGAAGACACAAGAACGGAUGUACCAAUCGCAUCGUCUAGACUUGAAUCAAAGCGAACUUCAAGGGUUGCAUCUGCAGCAGGGUCUAGAGCGGUGUCCAAUCGACCAUCGUUCGAACAAAUGCGGAGUCCCAAAAGGAUGAUCUGUACAAAUAACAGAAAUAGAUUAAGUAAGUCGCCCAAGGAGAACAUGAUAAUGUGCCCUUCGGGAAGACAGAACGAUUAUGAUGACGAUGGGCUUAGAGAGGGCCCAGAAAACAGAAAUUGGCAAAGAAGUGAUGACUUUAGAGGGAGCUCCGAAAGACCAACGCGCCGAAGUCGUGAAGAUGAAAGAGGUCAAGAUUACCUAGAACUACCCGAUGAAGACAUCCUGGGAAAACAAUCAAGACUACAAACACCAAGAAGUAUGUCAAGGAGUAAACCCGAUCAGGACUAUUAUCCCGAGACUGAUCCGAUAGUGUCUUCGCGAAGGCAAUCUCAACGGGGCGAUGAUGGGUACACUUCGCCAGAUGUUUCUAAAAGUAGAUCAAAUCGGCAAAGCCGCGAUAAAGGAGAUAGAUCUAGGCGUGAGAGUCAGGCCUAUUAUCCCGAGACUGAUCCGAUAAUGUCUCCGCGAAAGCAAUCUCAACGGGACGAUGAGGGGUACACUUCGCCAGAUGUUUCUAAAAAUAGAUCAAAUCGGCAAAGUCUCGAAAAACAAGAGAGAUCUAGGAAUGAUAAUCCAGACUAUUAUCCCGAGUCUAAUCCGGUAGAGUCUUCGCGAAGGCAAUCUCAACGGCGCGAUGAAGGGUACACUUCGCCAGAUGUUUCUAAAAAUAGAUCAAAUCGGCAAAGCCGCGAUAAAACAGAAAGAUCAAGGCAUAAUAGUCAGGACUAUUAUUCAGAUGCUGUUCCGAUGGAGCCUCCACAAAGGCAAUCUCAGCGGGGCGAUGAAGGGUACACUUCGCCAGACGGUUUUCAAAAUAGAUCAAAUCGACAAAGCCGCGAUAAAGGGGAGAGAUCCGGAAAUGAUGACCAGGACUACGUGAAUGAUCCGAUGGAGCCUCCGAGAAGACAAUCUCAACGAAUCGAUGAGUCUAGAAAUAAUUCAAAUCGACAAAGCCGCGAAAAAUCAUAUAGGUCAAAACAUAAUAGUCAGGACUAUUAUCCUGAGACUGAUCCGGUAGUGUCUCCGCGAAAGCAAUCAAAUCGGCAAAGCCGCAAUAAAGGAGAAAUGUCUAGGCGUCAAAGUCAGUCCUUUUAUCCCGAGACCGAGCCGGUGGAGCCUUCGCAAAGGCAAUCUCAACGGGCCAAUGAAGGGUAUAUUUCGCGAAACAGCUCCAAAUAUAGAUCAAAUCGGCAAAGCGUCGAAAAACAAGAACGAUCUAGGAUGGAUGAACAGGGCUACAAUCGGUACGAACCUUAUAAUCUUUGUAAAGAUAGUUGUAACGCAACGUGCGCAUCGGGUAGAAGUACACGAAACAGUCAAAGAAACAAUGAGUAUCCCGCAAAUUACGAGACCGACAGGGAUGACUACGGAGAAGGGACUACGGACGAUGAAUAUAAUCGUGAAAAGGACCGUUUGUCUUUAAAAGAUCAGAAUAUUCAGGAAGAUUACGAAAAACCAACCGACAAUCCUAACCGCAAUAUGAACUGUGAAUGUCCACAGGAAAACUAUGGAGGAAGGCAAAGUAACAGCCGCGAUAAGGAAUAUGUACCAGAUAAAUACCAGACCAGAGGAGACGAUGAGUAUAAUCGUGGUAAGGAUCCUAUAUCAAAAUACCAAUCUGAACAGGAUUACAAUGAAUGUCCUGCAAAUUACCAGAACAAUACAAAUUUCGACGGACGAGAUCCCGACAAGGGUCCUAUUUGUCCUAAAUACCAGAACAUCCAGGAUGCCCGUGGAAGAAGAGAGGAUACAAAUGAUGACUGUAUCUGUCCAGCAAGCCAGGCCCGUCAAGAUGGCUACCAAGAAAGACAAGAGUAUAACCGCGAUAAGGAUCAGACCUACCAGGAGAACAACAGGACGGACGCUGAUUUUAACAAAGAUAAGAAUAAUGAACCUGCAAAUCAACAAGAGCACUAUGAUUCCUGUAUCUGUCCAGCAAAUCUGCCAGAUCAAUAUAACCGCAGGAAACAAACCUUUAAAUGUAAUGUAGACUGCACCUGUGCAGCAAAUCGUAGUAAGGAACCCUAUAAAGAUGAUCUAGACUGCCCCUGUCCAGCAAAUCAGAUAGAUCCUUAUAAAAAGGAACCCUAUAAAGAUGAUCUAGACUGCCCCUGUCCAGCAAAUCAGAUAGAUCCUUAUAAAAAGGAACCCUAUAAAGAUGAUCUAGACUGUCAGUGUCCGGCAAAUCUCAAGAGGGAACCAUUUAAAUGUAAUCUAGACUGCACCUGUCCAGCAAAUCGUAACAAGGAACCCUAUAAAAAUGAUCUAGGCUGCCCCUGUCCAGAAAAUCAGACAGCUCCUUCUAAGGAGGAACCCUAUAAAGAUGAACUAGAAGGCCCUUAUCCAGCAAAUCAGGUAGCUCCUCCUAAGGAGGAAACCUAUAACAAUGAACUGGACUGUCCGUGCCCAGAAAAUCAGAUAGCUCGUUAUGACGGCAAUACAGAGCCCUAUAAAGAUCAGUUGGACUGUGCUUGUCCAGAAAAUCAGCCAGAUCCGGUUAAUCGAGAUAUAGAGUAUCCACCUGAAAAUAACGAGCCAGAAACUGUACCUGAAAAGCCCCUUACCGAUCAGGAAGACUUAAAAAUUGAGGAGGAGGUAAUGCUUGAUUGUGAGUGCGCAACAAGCGAAGACGAUGCAGAGAAGCUCGAGCGCGCAAAGGAAGCGCCAGAGCCAGAGGCACCUAUAAGGGCUCCUUGUCUUUGCGAGGCGGCCGUUGAGACGGACAUUGACAUGACCUUGACUGAUAGAAUCAAUCGAAAGAAAUGCAAUUGCUCUGAAGAUUCCUUGGAAACAGAAAAGCUAAGAGAGAAAAAAGCGAAUGAAGAAAAAAAUGCAAUCUCAAAAGAAACUGAAACUAGUGGUCCGUCAGCUAAGGCCAAGCCCGCAAAAGGAGCCAAAAAAAUGGGAAAAAUCUGCUCAUGCAAGCCACCCGUAUUCAAUAAAAGCAAAACUGCCAAGGCUGCAAGUCCUGCAACUCCUGUGGCAAAGAGCGAACAGUUAAAACAAAGGUCACAGUCGCCCGUGGGAGCUAAGCCACGUUUGCUCAGCAAGCGUCAAAACAAAUUCGACGACGACGGCCUAAACAAAUUCCAGGCCCUCGGCGGCCAAGCACGCCAGUACGUGUACGAAAUGCAGGAUGAGAUACACAUUAAUGUCAGCAAUCAUCAGAAUGGCGGCUAUGAGGUAUACAAAAAGGUCAAUCCGAAGCAUGUAAAUAAAUCGCAAACACGCGAAGGUCUGGCUAUACUGUGCUCAUUCCGGGUGCCGCCAACUUUGGCAGAGAAGACAAUGGGCAUACUGAACAAUCACAUAUCAUAUAACGCGCCGAGUACGGAAGAUGAAUUUUACCCAGUUCCAGAAUCUCAAGAACGGCCUCACAAAUGCUAUCCAGUACGAAACAACUUUAAUGAACGUCGAAAUGGUAGACACCCUACUGAGCGCUUUGCAAGUAAUCCGUUUCUUAAAUUAAAUUUCAAUGCUUCGAAACGAGACGUAAUUGUGUUGCAUGCCCCGGUUCCGGGCUUUCGUCCAUCGAAGUAUUCGCUCAGCGUGAAGGACUUUGAAGUAGACAAUUACGAGAGACAACAUCGGGUAGUUGAAAGAUACCCAAAAGCAAGGCGGCCCAUGCCGAAAUAAUCACCUAGUCACUGACUACCUAUACCGAACCAAUCUAACCAUAGCUCCAGUUUCUUCACACAUCAUCCAUACCAUCCAUAGCACCAUAAAAUGUCUUACACCAACUAAACCCUCAA